GGGUAGAGAGCGGAAGCGCGCCAGAGAGCUGCAGAGACUGCGCGUGCGUGAACUGACCUCCGCGGGGUCACGUGGGCCGGGGUCCCGUCUGGGCGGACGCAGGCUCAGGAACCCUCCAGCCACAUCCUACCCCCCAUUCCCUUUCUUUUUGCUUGGAAGCAGAUGACCAAGUGGAAUCUCAUCAAGGAUGUCUCUGAAAUGUCCAGCUGAGAAGAGCUCGUCUAGGUAACACCUGCCUCCCUACCAAAGACAUCAUCAUUCGGAUCUUUGUAAUCUAAGGCCAAAAGCAAGAAACAAUUGCUCAGAUUGGUUGAAUUCAGCUAUUGAAAGCAAAUAUGGAAAACGAACCAGACCCGGAGAAUUUGGAACAGAACCCGUGUGCCAGAACUGUGGAAGAAGAGUUGAACAAGGCUUUUAAUUUAGAAGCUUCCCUUUCAAAAUUCUCUUGCAUAGAUCUGGAUAAGGAGCUGGAGUUCAAAAACGAUCUGAUCGAUGACAAGGAGUUUGAUAUUCCUCAGGUGGAUACCCCUCCAACUUUGGAAAGCAUACUUAAUGAGACUGACGAUGAAGAUGAGUCUUUCGUUCUGGAGGACCCUACACUGUUAAAUGUUGACACCAUUGACUCUCAUUCUUAUGAUACCUCAUCUGUGGCGAGCUCAGACAGCGGCGACAGGGCCAACCUAAAGAGGAAGAAGAAGUUACCCGACUCUUUCUCUCUGCAUGGAUCGGUUAUGCGACAUUCACUUCUAAAGGGGAUAUCUGCACAGAUCGUGUCCGCAGCCGACAAAGUAGAUGCUGGCUUGCCUACAGCAAUUGCAGUGUCCAGUCUGAUAGCAGUGGGAACGUCUCACGGAUUGGCUUUAAUAUUUGGAAAAGAUCAGAAUCAAGCACUGCGGCUCUGCCUAGGUAGCACCAGUGUUGGAGGGCAGUAUGGAGCCAUCUCUGCUCUCAGCAUCAACAACGACUGCUCAAGACUUCUUUGUGGCUUUGCUAAAGGACAGAUCACCAUGUGGGAUUUGGCCAGUGGAAAACUUCUCAGAUCAAUAACAGAUGCUCAUCCUCCAGGGACGGCGAUCUUGCACAUCAAGUUCACAGAUGAUCCAACUCUUGCGAUUUGCAACGACAGCGGAGGCUCUGUUUUUGAACUAACAUUUAAGAGAGUGAUGGGCGUGCGAACCUGUGAGUCUCGGUGCCUGUUCAGCGGCUCCAAGGGUGAGGUCUGUUGUAUCGAGCCCCUGCACUCCAAGCCCGAGCUGAAAGACCAUCCCAUCACACAGUUCUCACUGCUGGCCAUGGCGUCCUUAACAAAGAUAUUGGUCAUUGGGUUGAAACCAUCUCUGAAGGUGUGGAUGACUUUCCCCUAUGGACGGAUGGAUCCUUCCAGCGUUCCGUUGCUGGCCUGGCACUUCGUGGCAGUGAAUAACUGCGUGAAUCCCAUGCUUGCCUUCUGUAGAGGCGAUAUGGUUCACUUUCUCCUGGUUAAGAGAGAUGAGUCAGGUGCAAUACACGUCACCAAGCAAAAGCACCUUCACCUGUACUAUGAUCUGAUCAACUUCACUUGGAUCAACUCGCGCACAGUCGUGCUUUUAGACAGCGUGGAGAAGCUGCAUGUGAUUGACCGGCAGACGCAGGAGGAACUGGAGACGAUGGAGAUCUCAGAAGUCCAGCUGGUCUACAACAGCAGCCACUUCAAGUCACUGGCCACAGGGGGAAAUGUCAGCCAGGCCUUGGCUUUGGUUGGAGAGAAGGCUUGCUAUCAAUCCAUCAGUAGCUAUGGAGGACAGAUCUUCUAUCUGGGGACAAAGUCUGUGUACGUGAUGAUGCUGAGGAGCUGGAGGGAGAGGAUGGACCAUCUCCUGAAACAGGAUUGCCUCACGGAAGCCUUGGCCCUCGCAUGGUCUUUUCAUGAAGGAAAGGCAAAAGCAGUAGUGGGGCUAUCGGGGGACGUCAGCAAGAGGAAGGCUGUUGUUGCAGAUCGGAUGGUAGAGAUCCUAUUCCAUUAUGCAGAUCGGGCUCUGAAAAAGUGCCCGGACCAGGGAAAAAUCCAAGUGAUGGAGCAACACUUUCAGGAUACGGUGCCAGUCAUAGUGGACUACUGCCUUCUGCUCCAGCGAAAGGAUCUUCUGUUUAGCCAAAUGUAUGACAAAUUAAGUGAAAAUUCCGUGGCAAAGGGCGUGUUUUUGGAGUGCCUUGAGCCAUAUAUCUUAAGUGAUAAACUGGUGGGGAUUACACCUCAGGUCAUGAAAGACUUGAUUGUUCAUUUCCAAGAUAAAAAACUAAUGGAGAAUGUGGAAGCCCUCAUUGUCCACAUGGACAUCACCAGCCUGGACAUUCAGCAGGUGGUUCUCAUGUGUUGGGAAAAUCGUCUGUAUGAUGCCAUGAUCUAUGUCUACAACAGAGGCAUGAAUGAGUUUAUUAGUCCAAUGGAGAAGCUUUUCAAAGUCAUCGCCCCACCUCUGAAUGCAGGGAAGACUCUCACAGAUGAGCAAGUUGUUAUGGGCAACAAGCUUCUGGUGUACAUCAGCUGUUGCCUGGCAGGUCGUGCCUACCCUCUUGGUGACAUUCCUGAAGAUCUUGUUCCCUUGGUUAAAAACCAGGUUUUUGAGUUUCUGAUUCGCCUGCAUUCUGUAGAAGCAUCCUCUGAGGAAGAAGUCUAUCCUUAUGUUCGGACUUUGCUACAUUUUGACACAAGAGAAUUUCUGAAUGUGUUGGCACUGACCUUUGAAGACUUUAAAAAUGAUAAGCAAGCUGUGGAGUACCAGCAACGCAUUGUGGAUAUUUUAUUGAAAGUUAUGGUGGAGAAUUCAGAUUUUACCCCAUCACAAGUGGGGUGUCUCUUUACAUUCCUCGCUCGGCAGCUCGCAAAACCUGACAAUACCUUGUUUGUAAACAGAACCCUCUUUGAUCAAGUCCUUGAGUUCCUCUGUAGCCCUGAUGAUGACUCCCGCCACUCCGAAAGACAGCAGGUCCUUUUAGAAUUGCUGCAGGCCGGAGGCAUAGUUCAAUUUGAAGAGAGUCGGCUCAUCCGCAUGGCAGAGAAGGCAGCAUUCUAUCAAAUCUGUGAAUUUAUGUAUGAGCGAGAACACCAGUAUGACAAGAUCAUUGACUGCUACCUGCACGACCCAUUGAGAGAGGAAGAAGUCUUCAAUUACAUCCACAACAUCUUAUCUAUUCCUGGUCACAGUGCUGAGGAGAAGCAGUCGGUGUGGCAGAGAGCAAUGGAUCAUAUGGAGGAACUUGUGUCCCUGAAGCCCUGUAAAGCCGCAGAGCUGGUUGCUACUCACUUUUCUGGACAGAUUGAAGUAGUCGUUGGACAGCUUCAGAACCAGCUUUUGCUUUUCAAAUUUUUGAGGAGUCUUCUAGAUCCAAGGGAAGGUGUUCACGUCAAUCAGGAAUUGCUGCAGAUCCCGCCUCGCAUUACAGAGCAGUUCAUUGAGCUGCUGUGCCAGUUCAGUCCUGACCAAGUCAUAGAGACACUGCAAGUACUUGAGUGCUACCGUCUGGAGGAAACUAUCCAGAUUACACAAAAGUAUCAGCUCCACGAAGUCACUGCGUAUCUGUUGGAGAAGAAAGGGGAUGUUCACGGGGCCUUCCUGCUGCUGCUGCAGAGAUUGCAGAGCAGGCUGCAGGAGAUGACACGGCAGGGUGAAAAUACCAAGGAGGACAUCCUGCUGAAAGGUGUUGAAGAUACCAUGGUAGAGACAAUAGCUCUUUGCCAGAGAAAUUCACAGAAUUUGAAUCAGCAGCAACGAGAGGCACUAUGGUUUCCAUUGUUGGAAGCAAUGAUGGCACCACAGAAGCUGUCCAGCUCAGCUGCUGCUCCUCAUCUGCACUGUGAAGCUCUGAAGUCUUUGACCAUGCAGGUCCUAAACAGCAUGGCAGCGUUCAUCGCCCUCCCGUCCAUCCUACAGAGAAUCUUGCAGGACCCAAUUUAUGGAAAAGGAAAACUUGGAGAAAUCCAGGGCCUUAUUCUGGGGAUGCUGGACACCUUUAACUAUGAGCAAACCUUGCUAGAAACAACAGCCAGCCUCCUGAACCAGGAUCUCCAUUGGUCACUGUGUAACCUGAGAGCAUCAAUAUCCAGAGGACUCAAUCCCAAACAGGAUUACUGUUCUAUAUGUUUACAGCAGUACAAAAGACGCCAAGAAAUGGAUGAUGAAAUUAUUGUCUUUAGCUGUGGCCAUCUGUAUCAUUCAUUCUGUCUCCAAAGUAAAGAAUGCACCCUAGAAAUUGAGGGGCAGACAAGAUGGGCAUGUUACAAAUGCAGCUCCAGUAAUAAAGCAGGCAAACUCAGUGAAAAUCCUUCUGAAAACAAGAAGGGGCGGAUAACCUCAUCUCAGGUAAAAAUGUCUCCCUCGUAUCAUCAGUCCAAGGGGGAUCCUCCUGCCAGGAAGGCAAACUCAGAACCUGUUCUGGACCCACAGCAAAUGCAAGCCUUUGAUCAGCUCUGCCGGCUCUACCGAGGAAGUUCUAGGCUGGCUCUCCUUAUGGAGCUCUCCCAGAACCGAGGCGGCGACAGCUAUAGGCCGUUUGCCGGCCCCCAGAGCGGGCCUGCUUUCAACAGCGUCUUCCAGAACGAGAAUUUCCAGCUUCAGCUUGCGCCUCCGCCUGUGGCUGAAGACUGAGGCCUCCCUGGAAGAGGCCACUGGACAGGCUCAGCCUCUGCCUCCCACACUCCUGCACAGAGGUCCAAGGUGGCCCUGAACCAGCUUGUCACCCUCCCCAUUCAGUGCAGUCUCCCUAUUGUGCAGGUCAGACUGCAGACGGCCGGUUUCAUUUUGCUCUGAAUAUUACUUAGUUCUGCCAAGCACUUUAGAAAAAUAACAUUUACCCAACCACAUUCGGUAUAACAAGGGGCUUGGAGGAGCACGUCAACUGUGAAAAGCAAGGUUGGCCUGGGGAGAGCAGCAGUCUGGGAAGCAGGCAUGUCUCUUGAUGUUUAUGUUAGAACCCAUGUGAACAGGAGACUUACCCUUUGAAAUAAUAAAUGUCUCAGUGUUUGAGUCCUGCAU